AAGCGUCCGCGUGCGGGAGGGAAACUGCCUUCGCUGGGCUCCGCGUGCUUUGUAACGGUAACCAUGGUACCGCGUGCGUGAGCAAGCCGUUUUCCAGAUUCCGGUCAGCGUUUGUGCCCUUAGCGUCCACUGGCCUGUGAUAAGUGCGUGCCAGAUUUGCAUAUGGGGCUUAUUUGUGCAGCGUGUCAACGGGUCGAGUGUGUGUGCAGCUGCCCGAGUGAAGUGAGAAGUGUCAGCAGUACGUAAAAGCGUAGAAUAGCGCUGAGGGAACGGCGGAGCAGCCAUGACCAGGUGGGCGCGAGUUACCACCACGCGGAAUAGGGGGCCUCUGCCUGCCACCUCCUGGGAGGACCUGAAGAAGGGGGGCGCCGAGGGAGCCCAGCCGAACUCUCCAGAGCACCAGCCCCCGGACGCCGGCAGCCCGUCCCUUAAAAAGGACCUGUCCCAGGCGAAACGGACGAAGAACAAAAAGAAAAAAGAGUACCUAAAUGAAGAUGUGAAUGGAUUCAUGGAAUACCUACGGCAGAACUCACAGAUGGUUCACCAUGGGGAGGUGAUCGCGGGAGACAGCCAGGAAGUAAGGGAGGAAAUCGCAGUUGCUCUGAAGAAAGAUAGCCGGCGAGAAGGAAGAAGGCUGAAAAGACAAGCUGCAAAGAAAAAUGCAAUGGUGUGCUUCCAUUGUAGAAAACCUGGCCAUGGGGUUGCUGACUGCCCAGCUGCUCUUGAAAAUCAAGACAUGGGCACUGGGAUCUGUUACCGGUGUGGAUCCACAGAGCAUGAGAUAACCAAGUGCAGAGCGAAAGUAGACCCAGCUCUUGGUGAAUUUCCUUUUGCAAAAUGCUUUGUUUGUGGGGAGAUGGGGCACCUGUCCAGAUCGUGUCCUGACAAUCCCAAAGGAGUCUAUGCUGACGGUGGUGGUUGCAAACUUUGUGGCUCUGUGGAACAUUUUAAGAAAGAUUGCCCUGAAAACCAGAAUUCAGAUCGAAUGCUUACAGUUGGCCGCUGGGCAAAGGGAAUGAGCGCAGACUAUGAGGAAGUUUUGGAUGUGCCGAAACCACAGAAGCCCAGAACAAAGACACCCAAAGUUGUGAAUUUUUGAUGAGGAUCAGAGCUGUUUUCAGUCCCCACCUCAUGGUUACCUUCCAGAGUGGAAACACUGCAAGGAGAGCCGGGCUUCUUCGGACGCAGGCUUGUAUCGUGGGCGCGACUUUGGUCUUGGUGGAGUCAGAGCCCUCUGCGUUCAGAGGAGUGCUUCCACCACAAUGUAGAGAAGAGAACUGAAGAAAAGAGCAUUUAUUAAAGUGGGUCCUCUAAAAGCACGAUACUUUUCUCUUUUUUGGGACAGGGACUCACCAUAUAGCCCGGGCUGGCUUCAAACUAACAACCCUUAUUUUAACUGUCAGCACUUAGAUAUAACUAAGUGAUUAUAUACCUGAUUGCAGCAAUCAUCUUUCUAAAAGUCUCAUUAUGCAUUAAAGAGGACCACAACAUUUGAAAGUGUGUUUUGGAUGUAUUAUUUUCUUUCUUUUGUUGUAUUAUUUUCUUGAUUCAGGGUAGCAAUUUAUUAUAAUCAAUAUUUGCUUAUAAGGCACCACAAAAUCUGUAUUUUUAAAAUAGUAAAUAAAUGACAGUUGUCCUUUGUUUA